GGGCAAACUCACAUAAAUAGGGGUCUCCACCAAGUUACCAUACCGUUAAAACAAAAUUUACAAAAAAGAAGAAGAAACAGUUAACCUCUAUUUUUUUGUCAACAAUCCAAAUAUUUUAACUGAAAUUUAUUUUUUUUUAAUAUCUAAUAAUGGAUAUCCCCAUUGAAAUCAAAUUAGAUUUCAAGUCUAUGAAGAAAGAUUUAAUACAUGGAAUAUACAACUGUUCUCAAAGAGGAUUAUAUCAUGCUGUUAAGUGGUUAUCUGAAAUAAAUUUAUCAUUAAAACAUGUAACUUUGCCUUCAGAAAGUAGACCUGAAAAAGAAAACGAUUUGGAAGAGGAAUUUGAUGAAUUUAUAUUAGCAAAAUCAUAUUUUGAUCUUAAAGAAUAUGAUAGGUGUUCCCAUUUUGUAAAAAAAUGUAUUAAGCCUAAGUGUAAAUUCCUUUACUUUUAUUCAAAAUAUUUGUCUAUUGAGAAGAAAAAAUUAGAAGAUAAUAUGAUAGACACCAACUCUUCACAUGAUUCUACUAAGAAUGAAGCUUUAAUUGAUUUGUGUACUACAUUAAAGAUUGAAAAUUUUGAGAACAAAUUGGAUGGAUACAGCCUCUAUUUAUAUGGAGUUGUUCUUAAAAAGUUAGAUUUAAUUCCAAUCGCUACAGAAAUAUUUAUAAAGGCAGUUAAUGCUGAACCCAUGUUAUGGAGUGCUUGGUUUGAAUUGGGAAAAAUAAUUCCAGACAGACACACAAUUUUUGCAACAGGUUUACCAGAUCAUUGGAUGAAAUAUUUUUUUCUUGCUCAUACCUAUUUAGAACAGCUCAAUAAUGAUGAGUCUCUCCAGAUGUAUAACACAUUUUAUUCUUUAGGUUUUGAAAACUGUACUUAUGUUUUAUCACAGAUUGCCCUGGGUCACCACAAUCGUAGAAAUUUGAAUGAAGCUAUUGACAUUUUUCAAAGAAUUCUUGAAUUGGACCCUUAUAGAUUGGACAACUUGGAUACGUAUUCUAAUCUUUUAUAUGUUCUUGAAAUGAAAAAAGACCUUGCCGACUUGGCUCACAAGGUUGUAAAUAUUGAUAAAUAUCGUGUAGAAACAUGUUGUGUUAUAGGAAAUUACUACAGUUUAAGAUCAGAUCAUGCAAAAGCUGUAUUAUAUUUUCGAAGAGCUUUAAAACUAAAUCCACAGUUUCUAUCAGCUUGGACCCUAAUGGGUCAUGAAUUUAUGGAAAUGAAAAAUACUAAUGCAGCUAUACAAAGUUAUCGGCACGCAAUUGAAAUCAAUUCAAGAGAUUAUCGAGCUUGGUAUGGUCUUGGUCAAACGUAUGAAAUUUUAAAAAUGCCUAACUAUUGCCUACGCUAUUACAAACGAGCACAGCAAUUGAAACCAAACGAUAGCCGAAUGGUAAUAGCGUUAGGGGAAGCUUAUGAGAAAUUGGAUAAGACUGAGAACGCUCUAAAAUGUUAUUACAAGGCAUGCAAUUUGGGCGAUGUAGAAGGAAUUGCUAUUUUAAAAUUAGCAAAACUUUAUGACAAACUAGCUGAGAUUGAAAAUGCGGCUGCUGCUUUUACAGAAUUUUGUUUGAGAGAAGAUGGUAGGGAACAGAAAACUGUGGAGGAGCAAGCCGAAUUUUAUAAUGCGUUACAGUAUCUUGCCAAUUACCAUCUAAAAAAGGGAGAGUUGGAUGAUGCUUAUACUUACGCCUACAAAUGUUUGGAAUGUGAAGAGACAAAGGAACCAGGCAAGGCCUUGUUAAAAACAAUUGCUUCAAAGAGAGCUGAAUCAGAAGCUGGGCCAACAAGGAUGAGUGAAUCAAAUGCAAGCAAUACUGACAUGGUGUUUUCACCCAAUCAAAUGUAGUUGUAGGAUUUACGUUUAAGAAUAUUCUCUUUUUGUCUAUAUUUAAAUAAAGAUAGCAUAAAU